AUGGCGUCGACGGCCACCGAAACCCCUACCGAAAAGCUGACCGAGAGUAUGAAGGGACUAGUCAUCAGUGCUAGUGGUACGAUCCCUGGAUACCGACAUGUCACAGAGGCUGGUAAACAAGAAGAUUGCAAGAUCGUGAGCAUCGAUUGGCUGCUCCAAAGUAAGGAGAAGCAUGCACCAGUGAGUGUGGAGGAGUAUUUGAUUACAUCACGCAAGAAACUUGAGGACAGUCUUGAGAAGAAACCUGAGGUCAAGCUUGAGAAGAAGCGUGCACGAGAAGUCUCACCUGCGGGCGAGGACUCUGGUCCUUCAAAGAAGCAGAAAGAGCAACAUCCCCCAUCCCAAUAUUUGAUCGACUUAGUUGAUGAGGGAUGCCCAGAGCCGCGUGAUGCACUUUCCGUUUGGCAGGACGCCAAAGGAGUGGUAUGGGAUGCCACAUUGGUCAAUAACGACGCAAACGGAGGAAAUGUGGAUGUGCUGCGCAUCCAACUACUUAUGUGUCAAGAGCCACAGCGCUUCCAUACCUGGGCCUUCAAAUACAGGGCCUUCGAAUACAAGGUUGGACUCAUUCUAUCGUCCAAAGAGCCAAUUGAAACUUCUAGAAGCUUGGCCACAGCCAAAAAAGUGUUUGGGACAAAGUUCGAGAAAUUCAGUGGCCUCGCAUGGGAGGAUCGACAUGCCCUUCCCCUUGAGGAUAAAUGGAUUUUCGUGGAGACUCAUCAGCGCCAUCACGGAGAUCAGAUCCCCACAACCCAGGUAACCACAUUGAAACCUGGUGUUGACAGGGUUUUGGGCCUUAUCCUCACUUCAAGUAUCAUAGAAAACCACUACAAUAAUCUCGCCAGCGAGAUAUGUGGCACAGCUCAGCUUGAUGUGCAGAAGAAAUCAUAUGUGAUUGGGGUUGCGAUUUUGGGCAGACUGACGACGCUGGCCGGUGGCACCAAGGCCGAUAAUGCCAGCUUGUGCAAAGAGCGAUUGUUAAGGGCCUACAAUACCGUGAUUCCGUCGGGAUAUAAUAUGAUCACCAUGGAAUCAGCCGAGAGCAUGCUCAAGUCCCACGAUCUUCUAAGCAAGAUGCACAAUGCACGGCGUAUCUGGAGAAGCGCCCCAUCGUCUCCAUUGGCUUUGAGUCACAUAUCUCAAGUGAUGAGUCUGGCAGAAAUGGACCCAGGUAUGCGUGCUCUGUGUAUCCUUGUCGCCGUAUCUUCCAAACUGCUUCCUAGAGUACCGAAGCACGAGAUUGACCCUACUUGA